UGAUUGCUAGGCUGGCCCAACUAAGAGGGUCUAAUUGGGCUGACGUCAGGGGCCCCAAAUUGCCAAAACCGUCUUCGAAGUUCGAAGGGUCGUCGUUCCAGGAAGGAGACUCGAUCGAACUGCAAUGGCGGACGGAAGAUCUGAUUCUGCGAAAGAGGAAGAAGAUGCAAAAGUCAGAAUCUUGAUUGAAAAAGGCAAAGAAGGAAAGAAAGAAAUGAUUGAUAAAGAUAAAGAGAAAUCACCGACACAUGACAAGGAAACACAUGGAACAAGUAAUGACAUUGGCCGAGACACCCCAAUUGAGCAAGUCAAAGGACCGGGUGUUCUUGAAAGAGCCAAGGAAGAAAUUGAAGCUGUUGUGGAAGCAAUUCACCCUAAAAAAUAAAUUCCAUAAAUUAAUGCUAAUCACUUGUUGUAAAUGUUUGUACUACGGAUCACUACUUGAUCAUUUCCUGCUAUCUUUGGACUUUUUAUGAUAGUCACUUUUGACAUUUGGUAGUAAUCAUAAGUUUGAUGUUUAGUUGAAUAA